ACUUUAUUUGCGCAUCUUUUCAAAUCGAACGGACAGACACAGACGCCGCGACUCAGGUUCUCAUUGGAAUUUCUGCAAAAAAAUAGUUUUUCCAAGAAUCCCUCUGUAAAUAGUAGUUUAAAUUCAUCAAGUAAAGUUCAGUGAAAAGUGGAAAACUAGGAUUUCCAUUAAGCACACACACUCACACGGGCACGCAUACAACUGCAAGCGCCUGGCGUCAUUUUUUAGACUGUACGCGCUAAAACACUAAUUAAUUGAUUUAAUUGAUCAAAAUGGACAUAUCUGGUGGGAAUACCUCGCGUCAGCCGCCAAAGAAGUCCAAUCAAAAUAUUCAGGUUUAUGUGCGCGUCAGGCCGCUUAAUUCCCGGGAACGAUGCAUCCGAUCCGCUGAAGUUGUUGAUGUGGUGGCUCCCAGGGAAAUAGUCACCCGUCACACGCUGGACUCAAAGCUCACCAAGAAAUUCACCUUCGAUCGUAGUUUUGGCCCCGAGUCCAAGCAAUGCGAUGUCUACUCCGUUGUGGUGUCUCCGCUGAUUGAAGAGGUCCUUAAUGGCUAUAACUGCACGGUUUUUGCCUAUGGACAAACGGGCACUGGCAAAACCCACACGAUGGUGGGAAAUGAGUGCGCUGAGCUGAAAUCAUCCUGGGAAGAUGACUCUGACAUCGGCAUCAUACCGCGAGCUCUGAGUCACCUUUUCGAUGAGCUGCGCAUGAUGGAGGUCGAGUACACUAUGCGCAUCUCCUACUUGGAACUGUACAACGAGGAGCUGUGCGAUCUGCUGUCUACCGAUGAUAACACAAAAAUUCGCAUUUUCGAUGACAGCACCAAGAAGGGAUCCGUAAUUAUCCAGGGUCUGGAGGAGAUUCCUGUACACAGCAAGGAUGAUGUAUACAAGUUGCUCGAAAAAGGAAAGGAGCGUCGCAAGACGGCCACUACUUUGAUGAACGCCCAAUCCUCCCGAUCCCACACUGUAUUCUCGAUAGUGGUGCACAUCAGGGAGAAUGGCAUUGAAGGAGAGGACAUGCUGAAGAUAGGAAAGCUUAAUCUGGUGGAUCUGGCAGGCAGUGAAAAUGUUUCGAAGGCCGGAAACGAGAAGGGUAUUCGUGUGCGGGAGACUGUUAACAUUAAUCAGAGUCUUUUGACUCUAGGAAGAGUGAUUACCGCAUUGGUUGACCGUGCUCCUCAUGUUCCCUAUCGCGAAUCGAAGCUCACCAGGCUGUUGCAAGAGUCCCUGGGAGGCAGGACCAAGACAUCCAUUAUAGCUACCAUAUCUCCGGGACACAAGGACAUCGAAGAGACUCUCAGCACUUUAGAGUACGCCCAUCGAGCCAAGAACAUUCAAAAUAAACCAGAGGUCAAUCAAAAGCUGACCAAGAAGACGGUGCUCAAGGAGUACACCGAGGAGAUCGACAAGCUGAAAAGGGAUCUCAUGGCUGCAAGGGACAAGAAUGGCAUCUACUUGGCCGAGGAAACCUAUGGUGAAAUGACCUUAAAAUUAGACUCGCAGAAUCGUGAGCUCAACGAAAAAAUGCUACUGCUCAAGGCUUUGAAGGAUGAACUCCAAAACAAGGAGAAGAUUUUCAGCGAGGUGAGCAUGAGUCUUGUGGAGAAAACUAAAGAGUUAAAAAAGACCGAGGAGAACCUUAUGAACACCAAGGGUACAUUGCUUUUGACUAAGAAAGUUUUGACCAAGACCAAGCGCCGUUACAAGGAGAAGAAGGAAUUGGUGGCCUCGCAUAUGAAAACGGAGCAGGUGCUGACCACUCAGGCGCAGGAGAUUUUGGCCGCCGCUGAUUUGGCCGCAAAUGACACAAAUCAGCUGCAUGGGACCAUUGAGCGAAGGAGAGAUGCAGACGAAAAGAUUCGAAAGUCCUGCGAUCAGUUCAAAGACCGCAUGCAGGACAAUUUAGAGAUGAUCGGUGGCAGCUUGAACUUGUAUUUGGAACAACAGGCAGCCUCCAAGGAGCAUCUUAGCCAGGAAAUGGUCAACUCCAGCAAUGUUAGCCAACGCCUCUCAGCAAAUGCCAGUCAGAGCAUUGAAAUGCUUAAGGAAAUCUGUAGCAAGUCGGUGGAGGAUUUGGCCGAACUCCAGAAUAAGUUAAUGGCGGAAGUCGUGAAGAUUAGCGAUCAGCACGCACAGAGCUUCGUUGCCCAUAUGAUGAAGCAGUUGCAGCAGCGACAACUCCUAAUGAACAUGGAAAUGUAUAAGAACCUACAAGAGAUGGAAGAAAACAACCAGAGGCACAAGGCCAUGCUGGAUUCCAUGCAGGAUAAGUUUUCCAAAAUCAUCGACAACAGUUCACAGACCCUGGAAAAGCAUGUGAAGCAAGUGCAUCAACAACUGGAACAACUCAGCGCAAUGAGUUUACCGGAUGCCGAGGAAGUGCAGCAGUUGCAAGAAGAGCUUGCAAACGAACGGGCUUUGGCCCAACAAGAGGAAACCCUUCUGGAGUCAAUGAUGAUGCAGAUGGAGCAGAUCAAAAAUUUACGUGCCAAGAACAACACUAGCAUGUCUAUUCGGCUCAACAAGAUGGAGGCGAGCAGAAAGACCAGAAACGAUCGGAUCGAUGAUGCCAAGACUGGUAUCCAAGAAUACCAGAAAUUGGGAGUCGAAGCUGCCAAAUCCGCUUUAGCGGAACUCGGCAGUCAAAUGGAGACGGGAAUGCUUUGCUUGGACCAAGGCGUAGCGAACUGCUCCAUGCUUAAAGUGCACAUGAUAAAUCUUUACCAGGAGCUAACUAAGCAAACCGACGAAAAUGUCAAAUCGAGUCGCCUGCACCACCACCAGGUGGAAUUCGCCUGCCAAGAAAGUAAAAAUAACCUGGGGACUGUGCAAGAAGUUGGCCAAACUAAGCUGGACACGCUUGUGCAGGACCGGCACAAGCUGAUCACCGAGGACAGGCAGCGCUUCCUUGGACACUCCACAGUAGCCACCGAUCUUGUACAGGAGUUAAGCCGGCAAACCAACGAACAUGCUGCCCUCCAGCGACAGCAGUUGCAGAUUUGUGAGCAGGAACUUGUUCGCUUCCAGGAGAGCGAAUUAAAAACAUACGCGCCAACUGGUACAACGCCUUCCAAAAGGGACUUUAUUUAUCCACGCACUUUGGUGUCCACCUCUCCGCAUCAGGAUAUUGUUAGGCGCUAUCGCCAGGAGCAGGAUUGGUCGGAUCUGGACACCACAGCCACUAUUGAUGAAUGCAGCGAGGGAGAGCAUGAUGACUUGCUGCAAUCUGUUCAGGAGCUGUCCGAAACGGAGACCAUAAUGAACUCCACGCCCAUUGAUCCUGUGGAUGGCGUCAACAUAAAGCGUGGUUGUGGCACCACUCGAAACUCCAAUUCGAAUGCUCUUAAGCCACCCGUAGUAAGUGGUGGCAAGCGCAGUAGCUCGUUGUCACGAUCCCUUACGCCCAGCAAAUCUUCACCGCGGAAUUCUCCUUCCUUCGCCAGGCACAACAAAGAAAACGUGGCCUGAUUGCAUCGGUGACACUAGUACUCAACCCAGUAGCUCGUUUAUGUUAGUGGAACUCCAAUCGUCUUGUUUGUUUGGCUCUUCUGGAUAUUCUUUUUAAUCUUUAUAUCAAUCUUUUGGAAUUUCGUACAUUUAUUAUUUAAAUAAACUUAGGAUGCUAUGUAAAGUUAACGAAACCUUGCGGCUUCGGUUCGAGUGCAGGUUCAAGAUUUAUUAAACUUGUAUAAAUAUA